AUGAGUCGUUUAUUUAGAACAAAGUCUUGUAGUUCAAGCAGUUCUAGAACCGAUAUAAGCCAACUCCCAGAAAUAGUUAAUGAAGAACAUUUUGAAUAUGAUUCCAGUAGCAAAGAACAAUUAGACUUUAGAGAUUGGAAUAUACCUAAAGUCCCGAGUCAAAAAAUCUAUGAGAAACAUUGGUUGCCUUCUAGUUUUAAUAGCACAACUCAUGUUAAGACAGUUGAACAAGUGUAUGCCUUAAGUAAAGAACAUGAAACCUGUCAGUUGCUUAAUCUUGAGUCAAUAAAGAAACAUAAAAAUGAUGGUAAUAAUUUCUUGCAUAUUGGAUUAGUUCAAGUUGCGGUUAAGCCCCUAACAAGAUUAAGAUUAAAAGCCUCUAUCUUUCUUUGUUUGCGUGAUGCUAGGUUCACUGAGUUUAGUGAUAGCGCCUCAGGAGUCAUUGAGUCCAGUUUGUGUAAUGGCCCAGUACACUUUGAUUGUUACCCAGACUUUACUGUAAGCCUUAGUGAUCCUCAUAUACUAAGAACUUUAACUCUGAAUAUUAAGAUUGAAGGUUACAAUGUCCUCCCAGGAACCCAACCUUUAGCCUUAGUUUACAGAAUUUACUACAAGGUUACAGGCACCAACAUGAAUUUCCAAGCUCUUAAUAAAAGCCCAAAAGACCAAACUGUUUUGAUACAGAGUCAUACACCAGACGCCUGUGUCCAAGUCCCUCAAACCAUCAAGUGGUCAGAAGUUGCCCUUCCAAAAGAAUGGACCUUAGUUACCGAGAGCCAACCAGCUCCCAUACAGCGUAGUCUAAACAAUUUAGACUACAUUCAACAAUACUUAGAUGGCACAGUAAAAAUCAGAUUUGAUAAUCAACCCUUAAAAAAGACUAAUGUCCAAUUGCAACAGUUACCAACUCCUGGUCAAUCCCAGAGACAUGCCCCUGCUAGACGCUCGUUUACAGCCUCAUCUUCCACUCUAGAACGAGACCUAGAGUUAGAAAAAGCCAUGAUUGAUUUCAAACUUGAGUCCCUGAGAAAAUCCUCUCAGGUAAACCAACCUUGUUACGGCAAGACACCAGUUCAAGACGAUAAGUCUGUUUCACCUGAAUCACCUACACAGUCUGACUUCCUAGUUGAAAAUUUUGCAACGGUUGAUAACCAACUUAGGACCCUUAAUAAGAAAUUUGAGAUUAAUUGGAAACGUCUAAAUUCUCACCUUAAGUCUCCAGAAAAUCAACAUAGAAGAGAUAAAUAUCACCAAGCCUAUCCUGAUAAUGAAAGCCGCCAGAAAAUAUUUAGUGAAUGGAAAGAUUAUAUGCGGUCAGCCAAAGUUGAAAUUUUCUACCUUGAUUUUGUCGAAAGCCGUUACAUGUCUAGUGAGUUAAAGACUCUAACUAAAGAAAAAUGGAAUUUGAUAGAUAGGUCAGUAGUUGAAGCCAGUCACCCCCCAGUUGACACCAUAAUCAUCAACCAUAGGAAUACACCUAUACCUGCCAGCCCCUUCAAAACAUACGAAAAGGAUGAUGACAGUAAAAGGUUGAUUGAGCAAAAUAAUUAUACCAACCAAAGUCUAAUUGUCAUAGGAAAACAGUUAGAUACAAUCGAGACAAAAAUUGAUAAGAUACGUUCCCCAGAAAUUAAGUCUAAAACAAAAGUUGAAAAGCCAGUCCAGUUCCAAGAUCUCCAGUCAAGCCCUAAGCUUAAAAUUAAACCAACAAUGAAGAAAAUUGAAGAAAUGUUGGAACAAUUAACCCCGAGUAAAGCUGAAAAAUCUGGUCUUAAAACACUAGAUUCUUUUGCAAAUCCUUCUGAGUCUGAGCCAGAGACGACAGAUUCUGAAACCAGCAAUAUUUCAAAAAUAGAAAAUGCUUUCAGAAACUUAGAAGUCCAAGUUGAACCCAAAGUCAAAAAACUAGACAGACAUAUAAGCCCUACUAGCUUGACUAAGAAUUGGUACCCUCGACCAACACCUCCAGAUAUCCAAUUCGAAGAAAGAAACUUCCAAACCCAGUUCUCAGUUUCUUCUGACAAAUUGUAUGAAUGGAACAUUGAUGGUCUUUCUGAGCAAGAAAUCUUUAAUAAACUACAACAUAUGUCCAUGGUUGCCAAUAGUUACAUCACCAAUCACAGUUUCAGACAGUCUGCAAUUGUACCCCUGUUAGUCACCGGAUUUACUGGUACUCUUAGGUAUUGGUGGGAUAAGCACUUAACCCCUGAGUCCAAAAAUUUGAUUAUUCAUGUUGUAAAACUUAAUGAAGACGGUCUCCCUAUAUUUGACGAACAAGUAGGUCAAGGUAUAGAAGACGGAGUCAACACUUUGUUUUACACAAUAAUUGAACAUUUUAUUGGAACCCAUAGUAAUACCACUGCUAGAAUACAUGAUCAAUUAAGUAACCUUAGAUGCCCCGAGUUGUCUGAUUUCAGGUGGUAUAAAGAUGUCUUCAUUUCUAGAGUCAUGCUUAGAGAUGAUAGUAAUCAACCUUUCUGGAAAGAAAAAUUUGUUAAUGGCCUCCCAAAUCUGUUUGCCCACAAGAUACGCACAACCUUAAGAUGCACAAUGGCACCCAAAAAAGACAAGCAAAAAGAAUCAACCAACCAAUCUAAGCCAUCUCAGUUGCCUUCCCAGUCGCUCCGAGUCCUUCCCUCAUCCAUGAGUCAAAAUAAGCCAGAAAUUCCCAAGCAGGUGGUCCCUUACCCUGGUCACCCACCAAUUUCAGUUGCCACACCAAUAUCAGUUGCCAAUAAGUUUUCUGCUCUAGGUUCUACAGUUGGCCAAAUACGCCCCAGUUAUCAAUUAACCCUAAUCUCCAGUUAUGAUCCCUUUUCAGUUGAUCCCUCAGUUGGCCCCUCAGUUGCCUUCAAAAAAUCAUCACCAUAUAUGUUCAAAAGUACUUCUCACCUAUUUGUUCUUGAGUCCAUUUAUGAUAUUCAUUCUGAUCCAGUCGAAAUAGCCAAACACUAUUUUCCUCCUGGAUUUCAUUACAUGCCUCCUAGUCCAUGUAAGUCUCUAAAGUAUUAUAGAGAUAUAUUACUUGAAACCCAGUCAGUUGAAAUUAAGCCGAUAAGGGAUCGAGAUCACCCCGAAAUCAUCCUUUAUCAUUCCAUUUAUAUUCACAAAAUCAUAAGUCAAGAAUCCUUUAGUAGCUACCCUUAUGAGUUGAAAACCCUUCAGUCAAAAUUACAAUAUAAUUAUUCUGAUUAUAUUGAAGCCUGGUACUCUAUUUUCCUCCACCAAUCUGAGGAUUUUAGCCAUUCCUGGUUUAUUAAUUUUGACAACAAGUUCAAAAGUCCUUUUCCCUUCUGGUUCCUCCAUUGGUGGGAAAAGCAUGGUCCAGUUGAUGAAAUUUUACCCAUUUCAGUUCAUGAGCUAAUCCGCCAUUAUACUAAAAAAGCCAAAUUCACCAAAGUUGAUUUAUUCUUCCCAAAACAGAUGCUUUUUAUUGCCCGGUACAAAGUUCCUUGGAUCCUCAAAUGGUCCUACAAAGUUGUCAAAGAUACUACCAGAGUCCUUACCCGCCAAUUCUCAGUUAAAUGGUGGGACAAAUUUGAAGUUGACAGAAUUGCCAAAUAUGUAUACAAUGAUCUGCCCCAAGAGCCUAUUUCGCAUCCAGUCUCCCCCACUGGUUCGACCCGAUCUUCUCUUUCAAUUGAAGGAAAAUCGAAGUCCGAACUCCAAGAAAUUGCCCGCCAAUUGAUAAUCCAAGCCUCUCAAAUGGAUGAUGAUGAAGACAAUGAUUCCCCUUCAUCGUCCAGUUGUCAGCCUAUGCAAAGCCCUGCCAAGAAAAAGUCUUGGUAUGAAGAUAGUCAAGAUCCAUACGAUGCUUAUGAUUUGAAUUCUGACUAA